GUCGUGGCCCGGGCGCACCGCGAGACCUUCGUCUACGCCCACGACAAGCUGGCCCCACCCGGCCUGCGGCCGCACAGCGGGGAGGCCAGGGGGCUGGACAACUGGGAGGCCAACCUGUGCUCCAGCGGGUACCAGCUGAACGGGCUGAACACCAUCUAUCACCACGACAACAACGUGCUGGCCCGCAACGGCUACGCCGGCCCGCCGAAGAACGGGUGCCACCUGCUCUCCGCCGGCCCCUACGCCAACGGGCACGGCCACGCCUUCCCCCACCAGAACAACGCCAACGGGCACCGGCUCUGCCACAGCAACCUGUUCGUGCCCGCCGCGCCCCAUGCCCACGGGCAGGAGCCCAACCGUGUGCCGGCCAACGGCCUGCAGGGGCAGAACUGCCCCUGGAAGAGUCGCCCCGAUGUCUUGCUGGCCUGUCCCAUGAACAUGCACCCCCACGGGGACCCCAGCAAGUCGGCGCAGGAGAUCUGGGAGGAGUUCUCCCUCGGCUUCACCCCGGCGGUGCGCGAGGUGGUCGAGUUCGCCAAGCACAUCCCCGGCUUCCGGGAGCUGUCCCAGCACGACCAGGUCACCCUGCUCAAAGCCGGGACCUUUGAGGUCCUGAUGGUGCGCUUUGCCUCGCUCUUCGACGUGAAGGAGCAGACCGUCACUUUCAUCUCCGGCGCCACCUACAGCCUGGAGGCCCUGCGCGGGAUGGGCAUGGGGGACCUCCUGGGCGCCAUGUUCGACUUCAGCGAGAAACUCGGCAGCCUGGAGCUCUCCGCCGAGGAGCUGGGGCUCUUUACCGCAGUUGUCCUGGUCUCUGCAGAUCGCUCCGGGAUCGAGAACGUGAACUCCGUGGAGCUGCUGCAGGAGUCCCUGAUCCGCGCGCUCCGCACCCUGGUGACCAAGAGCUGCCCGGGCGACUCGUCCCGCUUCACCAAGCUGCUCCUGAAGCUGCCGGACCUGCGCACGCUCAACAACAUGCACUCGGAGAAGCUGCUGUCCUUCCGCAUCGACGCCUGAGCGCCGGGACCCCGGAGAGCCACUUCCGGACAGAGCCCGCCUCCUUGCAGGCGCGGGGCCGAGCCGCGGAGAUCACGGCGCAAUGACCGACUUACUCUCUGGCCUGCGGUGGGCAGCGGCGAGGGGCGGCGCCUUUUCAUUCCACUCUAUCGAUACUUUUAGAGGGCCGCCACCCUCGACUGGCAAAUCCGCGGAACGUCACGAGCGCCAGGGACCGGCAACGAAAUGAAGAGAGCUGCUCUCCAGAAACCAGGCUCAACGAGAGCCUGCAUGUGAGCCUACAUUCAACAUUUCGAGUUCGAUCGCGAGACAUCUCUUUAUUUUUAAAGGGAGGAAGGACGGCACUUGAUGAUCCACCCCAAAAGAUCCAGGUGUUUUGGUGCUUACACUAAAAACACUCCAGCAGCGCCUUGACCUGAACACUGACACACUGAACGCUGGAGGUCUUGCAGCAUCACAGGAAGAAGAAAGCCAGAAAACGGAGUACUGCUGGAAGACCCAGGAUCAAGGUACAGGGUGUCAGCUUCUGGGAAAGCUGGACAAACUGCCCCCUGCAGAUACCCCACAGUAUGGGAAGCCCUCUCCACUAACUUUGUUGCUGACAAAGGAUUUGUCCCUUGAUCCCUGGAAAAUAAACGAUUCCUGUCAGCGUCUUUACUGCUGAACAGACCUCGUGGGAGAGUGUCUGGACCUUAUGACAGGCUGUUAUUGAAACGCUGUGUUCCUGUACAUUGUAAAUGCAUGGUUAUGUAAAUGCUAUGAAUGAAGUUUAUACAGUAUAUAUAACUAAAACACAAAACUACUUUUUCCCUAUAACUUUACAUUGUACAUACUUGUAAAUAUUUAUAAAUAUCUAAAUACUGAUGUUUGAAAUUGAUGUACCAUAUAUUUUUUGGAAAGGAAAAAAAAAUUGCAGUGCAUAUCACAUAAGAGUGUGUGUUUAUAUGUAGAAUUCUAUAAUACAAGUCGGAGGAGAGAAAAGAAACUAAAAAUAUUCAGACGUGUUAUCUAGUAGUCUGCUUUCUAAUUUAUGUGUAAUUCUGUUUUUUUGUUGCUAGGAUGUACAUAUUACUUCGUUGUAAAUAUGGUGUGGAGGGAUGCCUUUUUUAAAAAAAAAUGUAUAUGUAAGAAUUAAAACAGAACCCCCAAAAAGGGGCUAUAUAUCAGA